GGCGCAAUUCCUGUCUGAGUGGGAAUGCGCGCGCAGCCCGAUGCGGUUUGUAGGGACGUCUGUUCGGAGGCGCCUCCUUUGUCUGUGAUUAAGAAAAAUGAGGCUCCAAGAAGAUGCUACACAUCUAAUAAGUGUCAGAGUUAGGAUUUGAAUCUAUGUCUCCUGUCUCCAGAUUUGGUGUUCUUGCCAGUACAUCAUGUUGCCUUUCAGGGUUCCUCAAUAGAAUGUUCAAGCUCCAAGUCUGAAUGAUUGAUCUCAGCUUUCUCCUAGGGAUGCAGAUUUAAAUUCCAGAGUAAAAUUCCCAUCUGGAGAGGAUGCCCCUGAAUAAGCUCUUCAAAACCGAAUCACUCCCAGACUUGGUCUGGUUUUAUUCUCUCAAUGGACCCUGAUGAUGGAAUCCUUGACAUUCAAAGAUGUGGCAGUGGAUUUCACCCAGGAGGAGUGGGGACAACUGGAUCCUGCUCAGAGAAAUCUGUAUAGGGAGGUGAUGUUGGAGAACUACAGGAACCUGAUUUUUCUAGGUUAUCCUUUUUCCAAACCUGAUAUGAUCUCCCAGUUGGAGCAAGGGGAAGAGCCAUGGAUCCUAGAAAGAGAAAAUUCAAAGUGCACCUAUAUAGAUUGGAAGACAAGGCCUGAAAUAGAGGAGUCAAGUACAAAGCAGAUCAUUUCUCCAGAAUUAUCCCAGGAAAAAUGUAAAAGGGACUUCAAGUUGGGAAAAACUUGGGAAUAUGAAGUCAUGUUAGAGAAGCAACAGGGCAACCAGGAGAGACUUUCCAGACAUAUGGUAACAAGUCACAUGAAAACUAACAAGGUCACUAACCAUGAAAGUAAUAAAUUUGUGAGAAAAUUCAAACUCGGAUCAGUAUUUGCUUUACAACAAAGAAUUCCUAUAGAAAAAAAUCUCCAGAAAUUUGAUAAGCAUGGGAAAAGUUUCAAACAGAAUUCAAAUUUGAUUAAAUGUAAUAGGAUCUCCUCAGGAAAGAAAAUUUAUAAUUACAAUGAAUGUGGAAACUCAUUCAGGUACCACUUAGACUUUAUUCAAUAUCAUACUGGAAAAAAAUCCUAUAAAUGCAACGAAUGUUCAAAAGCUUUCAAUAAGGAGUCUUCCCUCAGCAGGCACUGGAGAAGUCACAUUGGAGAGAAAACCUACAAAUGUAAUGAAUGUGGGAAAAAUUUCAAUGAGAGGUCAUGCUUAAAUAAACACCAGAGAAUCCAUACAGGAGAGAAACCCUAUAAAUGUAAUGAAUGUGGAAAAGCCUUCACUGGCAGAUCAUCCCUUAGUAGACAUCAAAGAAUUCACACUGGGGAAAAACCCUAUGAAUGUAAUGAGUGUGGGAAAGCCUUCAUUCAGAGUAUACACCUUACUCGACAUCAGAGAAUUCAUACUGGAGAGAAACCCUAUAAAUGUAAUAAGUGUGGGAAACCAUUUAGAUGGAAUACACAACUUAUUCUCCAUCAAAGAAUCCAUACUGGAGAGAAACCCUAUGAAUGUAAUGAAUGUGGGAAAGCCUUCAGCCGCAGCACGCACCUUAACCAACAUCAGCUCAUUCAUACUGGGAAGAAACCCUAUGAAUGUGUUGUAUGUGGGAAGGCUUUCAAUGAUAGGUCAUCUGUUACAAAACAUCAGCGAAUUCAUACUGGAGAAAAACCCUAUGCGUGCAGUAUAUGUGGAAAAGCCUUUCCUCACAGGUCGUCUCUUACUGAGCAUCACAGAGUUCAUACUAGAGAGAAACCCUAUGCAUGUGAUGCAUGUGGAAAAGCUUUCAGCCGUAACACGUACCUUACUCAACACCAGAGAAUUCAUACAGGAGAAAAACCCUUUCAAUGUAAUGAAUGUGGGAAAGCCUUUGGCCGGAGCACAAAUCUUGCUCAGCAUAAGAGAAUUCAUACUGGAUUAAAACCCUAUGAAUGUAAUGCAUGUGGGAAGGCCUUCAUUGAUAGGUCAUCUCUUUCUAAACAUCAGAGAGUCCAUACUGGGGAGAAGCCCUAUGAAUGUAAUGAAUGUGGGAAAGCUUUUAGCCACAUAUCCUCCCUUACUAAACACCAGAGAAUUCAUAAUGGAGAGAAAUUUUAGUUCAUGGGGAAAAUUCAUUAUAAGUUUAACUCAUAUUCAACAUUAGAGAAUUCAUUUUGGAGAACAUUGAGGUAGUGUGGUGCAGUGAAAGGAGUUGGAUUUAGAAUCAGAGGAUCUAGCUCAAAUACUGCUCUUUCAACUUACCACUUGUGACUUUGGGCAGUCAUUUAACCUUUCUAGAUCUCAAUUUCCUCAUCUCUAAAAUAAGGAAGUUGAGCAAAAGAAUUCUUUAAGAUUAUUUUCAGUUCCAAAAUGAUCUUUCAAACAGAAUUCAUCCUUUACCCAUUAUAGAAAUCAUGUUGGUGAGCAGUAAUAUGAACACAAAAAAUGUAGGAAAAUUUUCAUGCAAGGUAUAGCACUUAUUCAACAUCACAUUGAUAGUAGAAACUAACCAUACUAACCAUAUGAAUAUGACAUGUAAGAAAGUUUUAGAUAUACUUCAGCUCACCUCAAACAUCAGACACUUUAAUGGAUCUGUGAUCUCAUUAAUGUAAUUACUCUCUCCAAAGUGAGCAACUUUUGUCUUCCCUUAAGUCUUUCAGCAUUCUGGAAGUCUUUGAUUCUUGUGACUCCUGUGCAUGCCUACAGAUGAAGCAUGUAGCCUGUCAAUCAGUUAUCACUUAACUUUUACCACGUGAACAUUCUAACUUAUUUUCUAAUCAAACAGCAUUUUAGUGACAUCCUGUGUGCCACUUCUCUGUGUAUUUAUUGGUUGGGAGGUGUGUUAUAGCUCACUUAUUCCCAACACUUGAAUUCUUUGGAAACUAUAGUAUUUCAUAAUUCAUAGCUGUUUAGAAUCCCUGAAAAAAAUACUGUUGUGUUUUUUUUUGUUUGUUUGUUUGUUUUUUUAAAAGGUGGACCUUUGUUUCAGGAAGAAAUUUGGAGUCACUUUUCCAAAUUCAAUCCAGUCUUGAGAUUGCUGCCCUCCUAACCUAACUCUUUGUUAAUGUGCAGUCUUUCUAAGAUAAAUGUACUGAUAAACCAACUUUGUAGGCUGUCCAUCUCACUGCAUAUCAUCUGGACAAUAGGCAUUAUUAAGCAUUUUUUUCUUCUGUUAUGAUAGGCAAACUAUUAUUAAUUGAAGUUCAUAUUGGAGAGUAAUCAUAAGAAUGUGUCAUGUAAUUAGUUUUAAUUCAGGUCAGUCUACAUGGAAAAUCAGAAAAUAUAUUUUGAUAUAUGGAUUUAUAAUCUUAUUGGUAAGAGUAUUUCCACCAGUAAAGUAGAUCACAGAUCAUCCAUGUUCUCUCAUUCUGAAAAAAAUCUUGUCCAUAUCUUUCAUAAAUUUUCUACAAGAGCUCCAGAGUUUUAUACAAUCUACACAAUGUUAACCACAAAUGGGAACAUCUGGAGGACCUUAUUGCAUUUAUAAUAAACCUUCCAUUUGAAUUUUUUUUACUAGACAUCCUCCAUAAUGGUGACAAAUAACUUGGGCAAUUACAUAUCUCUGCACACACAACCACCCAUCACUCUUCUCGAUUCAGUACAAAUAAUAACUAAUAAUAUUACACUACAAAGAGGAGCAAAGUCAUAACAUGGUAAGUUUUAUGCCUCAUUUAACAUUAAUCUUGAGAGGGUGAUUGAUUGAAAUUUAGCUCACAUUUUUCAAGGGAUCUUAUUUCAAAUAUGUAUAGAAGUAAUUUUAAGAACAACAAAUUAAAAGAAGUUUUCUUUUAACACCAAUUCCAUAGGUGUUGACAUCCCACAUAUUGCCUUUUAAUGGAGGACUUUAAGUAUAACAUUUAAGUAUAACAUAGUUAAUUAUGCAGUGGCACUAAAAUAAUGAAACUGACAUUUUAUAGAAAUAUACUAGAACAAGUGAAUCCAAUUGAAAAAAUUCAUUUUAAGGACACAUCUGCUCCUUGCUACCUCACCUUUUACUUUUAAUUUUGGUAAUAAGAAAAGAAAUUUUUUUCUUUGCAUUUACCCUGAGUUAAUCAUAAUCUUAGAAUCUUAGCAGCUUAAAUUGUUUUUUCUUUAAAUUUCUAUGUAUUUUCUAUUCUCUGCUAAGCUCUUAUUAAAUUAAUAUAGGAAACCAUUGCCUGAGUUUUGUUCCUGAUACCUAAUUAAUCUUUUUUUUUCCCUCACCUUCUGAGCUCCUUGCUGACAUAGAAACUGUUGCAGAUGGCAGGAGACAUUUAAUAAAUGCUUAUUGAAGUGAAUAAGUAACUACAAAUUAUAUUGAGGAGGGAAAAAACAUCAAUAUGACAGUUUCAGAAAAUACAAACUGACAAAAUUAGAGGAAAUGUCCAGAAAGCUUAUAUAGUCAGAACUAUUUGUUUUAUAAUUCUGUUCCAUUGAUGUAUUUUUCUAUUUCUUAAAUCUAAUAUAGUUUUGAUGAUUACUGUUUUUGAAGUGCAAUAUGGUAAUAGAUGCUUCAUUAACCUUUUUUAUAAUUCCAUAAUUUUCAAAAUUCAUAAUUCUUUUGUGCUUUUGUUAUUUUCUCUCUUUCUAAAAAGUGACUAAUUUAUAUUUAGUAUUAGCAUCAUUCAGUGUGUUAGUGAGGGAAUACCUUCUUCAAUUGCAGAUUUGUGACAACCAUUUAUAACUUGCAGGCUUUGCAACUGGGAUUGAGGGAAAGCAAAUGAAUUUCUCAUGGUCACAGGGCUGAUGGGCUUUGAUUCUAGUUCUUCCUGAUUCCAAAGUACAACACUUUAUCCUUUCUUGAUAUUGUAUUACAACUAUGUAUUAAUAUGAAAAAUAAUGACUUUUUUGUUGUAUUACAUCAUUCUAACCAUUUCAGAGGUCAUCUCUCCAGUUAUUUUCUUUAUUUCUGUCAUACAAUUUGAAAACUUUAUUUAUAGAGGUCUUGUAUCUUAGUAGUUUAAUGCUCAAUAGUUAAUAUUUUUAUUAUUGUAAAGAGUAUUUUUCUUUCUAUAAUUUUCUUUCUUUUUCUUAGUGAUAUAUAGAAAUGCAGAUGAUUUUUGUUGGUUUAUCUUAUACCCCCUUCUUAACAAAGACAAGUAUUUCUUAAUACUUUCUGAGACUAAUUAAUUAGUCCUGAUUCUGAUUAGCUUUUAAGAUCACAUUGAGAUCCAGUAUCAAUCUUUUGGAUUUUCUAAUAUAUAACUAUAUUAUUUGGAAAUAAAGAUUGCUUAUUCAUUACAAAAUUAUUUCUUUCAUUUGUUUUUAUGCCUUAUUGCUGUAGCUUGCAUUUCUGAAACAAUGAUGAAUGUUAAUAUUGAAAGUGAACAAAUCUGUUUCAGUAGGAAUGUUUAUAAUGUUUUUCUAUUGCAGAUGAUGUGGUUUUAAAUAAAUACUAUAUAAAAUUAUAUUUUGAU